ACCAAUCCCAACCAAACUCCCAUUGCAACCAUUCUUUCAUCCUGUUCUUUAAAAGUCCGGUCCCUAUUCUGUAGGACAAUCUUUCCGUUGCUACAGUGCACAUCAUCUAUAACAAUCUUCACAUAUACCCUCAUCUUCUCUCUCCAUGACUUAGCGCUUAUCAGACCCAAUUCUACUCACAAUGCUUCCACCAUCUGAAUCCAUCCGCCAUCAAAUCCACAAAUUAGCCGAAUCACAAGAAGAUUCUGAUCAUACAAACACCAUCCCGCCUCCACCUCCAUACUCCCCUUCCACCUUUAAUGCCCCAAAGGAACAUGAAGCCGAUAACGAUGGCGGGACGGACCAAACAAGCCUCAUAAGCAUCCAUAUCGAUGCCUCAAUGAGCAUCCAGGGAAACGCAAAUAGCAUUAUCAUUCCAUCAGUGACAGCACCAGCACCAACCCACAAUCCACAAACCUCGUCAACUCUGAAUCCAACUUCAUCUUCAUCAUCAUCCACAACCGCCGUACCGCAAUUAUCCCAAUACCAGCGCCAUUCCAAAUUAACAGACAUGGUCACGUCCAUUAUUGCUGCUUUGCAUCGUACGGGACGUCUGGAUUCUAUUCCUAGUGACAACCCCGCUACUGAAGGUGCACUUGCAGAUGCAGAUGGACUGCCAUCGUCAUCUAUCACGCUGAAUAUCAACACAGGGAUCAAGAUCCUGGGAAGUGGGAAUGUAAUCUGUGUGGGGGUGACCGGACAACGAAGGAUGGGGAUGAAUGUGCUGAGGAGGAAGCGGAGGGCGUGUUCUGUAAGUUCAAAAUCUUUCCUUCCCUUGGGUUGCUUUCACUUGGAUUACGCUUGAGGUUUUGGUGUAUGGUUUGCGCACAGCUAGUCUAAUGAUUUUCCAAUAUAGGAACCCC